UUUUCUUGUGCCAUGUGGCAACAAAAUGAGGCAAUCCAAAUGCCAUUGGAGAUGCUCUAAAACACCUUUCAACUUUCUCAUUUUGCAUGAUCGAUCGACCUGCUCUCCAAUCUUCAACCCAACCUCAAAUUUCUGCUUAGCUCUCAUAAGGAAUGCUUGUUUCCUGAAGUUAACUGCAUAUCGAUUAUAAGAUGGCCGAGUCUGAGGAGAGUAUCUUGGACACUAACACGGUCAAGAAUAUUGGAAAUAGCAGAUACACGUCGAUUGCCAAAGAAAACGGGACAUGUGGGAUUAUUUUUGCUGUCAUUGUUGCAAUAGUCAUACCUGUAAUCCUCUCUGUUGUGAUACGGGGAAAGAAAAAGUUGAAGCAAAGAGGAUUUCCAGUUCAGGUUGGUGGUGAGACUGGUUUGGCUAUGCGCAAUGCUAAAUCACUCAAACUAGUUGAGGUCCCAUGGGAAGGGGCCACUACUCUUGCAGCAUUGUUUGAGCAGUCGUGUAAGAAAUAUUCACACCAAAAAUUUCUCGGUACAAGAAAGGUAAUCGGUAAGGAUGUUGUUACAGCUAGUGAUGGGAGAAAAUUUGAGAAGCUUCACUUGGGUGACUACAAGUGGGAAAGCUAUCGCCAGGCAUUUGAUCGUGCGAGCAAUUUUGCUUCCGGUCUUGUUAAACUGGGACAUGAUGUGGACACCCGUGCAGCCAUUUUUUCUGAAACCCGGGCUGAGUGGCUCAUUGCUUUUCAUGGAUGCUUCCGUCAGAACAUCACAGUUGUUACCAUUUAUGCUUCUUUAGGAGAUGAUGCCCUGAUUCACUCAUUAAAUGAGACUCAAGUGUCAACCCUGAUUUGUGAUUCCAAGCAACUGAGGAAGUUGGCAGCAAUAAGUUCAAAUCUGCCAACCAUUAGACAUGUCAUUUAUUUCGAUGAUGAAGACUCCCCCGAUAGUUCUACUUUUAGCCAAGAGUUUAGUAAAUGGAAAGUUUCUUCAUUUACAGAGGUGGAAAAAAUUGGAAAAACUAAUCCUGCUCCGCCUAAUAUGCCAAUCAAGAAAGAUAUUGCUGUCAUCAUGUACACGAGUGGCAGUACAGGCCUCCCGAAGGGUGUUAUGAUGACUCAUGGCAACAUUGUAGCCACUGCAGCAGCAGUUAUGACGGUGGUCCCCAGAAUUGGAAGUAAUGAUAUCUAUGUGGCAUACUUGCCUCUAGCUCAUGUGUUUGAAUUAGCUGCUGAGACUGUCAUGUUAACUGCUGGUACAGCUAUUGGAUAUGGCUCAGCUCUGACGUUAACUGACACUUCAAACAAAAUAAAAAAGGGAACUAAGGGUGAUGCUUCUGUGCUGAAGCCUACUUUAAUGGCAGCUGUUCCAGCUAUACUCGACCGUGUUAGAGAGGGAGUUCUAAAGAAGGUGGAAGAGAGAGGGGGUAUGGUAAAGAAACUUUUCAAUUUCGCUUACAUGCGCCGGUUGUCAGCCAUUGAAGGAAGCUGGUUUGGAGCAUGGGGAUUAGAAUCCAUGUUGUGGGAUAUUAUUGUCUUUAAAAAAAUAAGGUCUGUACUGGGAGGAGAUAUCCGAUUCAUGCUUUGUGGUGGAGCUCCUUUAUCCGGUGAUACGCAGAGAUUUAUCAACAUUUGCAUGGGGGCCCCAAUCGGUCAAGGAUAUGGGCUGACAGAAACUUGUGCUGGAGCUGCUUUUUCGGAAUGGGAUGAUCCUUCUGUUGGACGUGUUGGUCCUCCUCUCCCUUGUUGCUAUAUCAAGAUAUUAGUUAAAUCUCACACAAGAGAUGAGAAUUCUAAUGAGGGGAUGCUAUAUGCUAUAUUUCCAUUCACCAGUCUUAUGCAUGGCCAUCUUGUUUCUUGGGAAGAAGGUGGCUACACGAUAAUGGAUAAUCCUUUGCCCCGAGGAGAGGUUGUCAUUGGUGGGGCCAGCGUGACGGCUGGUUAUUAUAGAAAUGACGCCAAAACUGAAGAAGUGUACAAGGUUGAUGAAAAAGGAAUGCGCUGGUUCUACAGUGGUGAUAUUGGAAUGUUUCAUCCCGAUGGUUGCCUUGAGAUUAUUGACAGAAAGAAAGAUAUAGUGAAGCUUCAGCACGGGGAGUACAUCUCACUUGGAAAGGUUGAGGCUGCACUCAUGUCGAGCAACCUCGUGGAUAACAUAAUGGUGUAUGCAGAUCCUCUCCACAACUUCUGCGUUGCUCUAAUUGUGCCUUCACGUCAGGUCCUGGAAGGAUGGGCCAAUGAAUCUGGAAUCAAGUACAACGACUUCUCUCAGUUGUGUGAGAAAUCAGAAGCUAAAAACGAGGUUCAACAGUCACUAGCCAAGGCGGGAAAAGCAGCGAAACUGGACAAGUUUGAACUUCCUGCCAAGAUCAAAUUGUUGCCCGACCCGUGGACCCCAGAGUCGGGGCUGGUAACUGCAGCACUUAAGUUGAAGAGGGAGCAACUGAAGGCCAAGUUUAAGGAUGAGCUAAAUAAGUUGUACAAUUGAAGCUCAAGAAUUACCCCGUGUGUUUUGAGGAGACGUUCUGAAUAAUCCUGUGUUGCCCUCUUUCUGCUACACUAUAUCAGCGGAUGAUUUUUACAUUGCGUCCCUCUUUUGUUACAAGAUUAAGUCCAUUGUUCGCCUCACAUACUGUAUUACAAUAACAAUAAUGACUGUGAGAUUUUUCGUUAGCUUUGGUAGUAUUCUCUGGUUCAGGUUCAGGUUCAUUAUAGAUUUGCAUGGAUUCGUUCCUUAGUGCCAAGAUUGUUCUGAGAAGUGUUUGGUAUGGAGAUUGGGUUUUCUUGCCAAACUGAACUUUUGAGCUGA